AUGCAUGCCCACGACACCAACCCAAACCCCGACCUGUGGGACCAUCAACCUGGUCCAGCUAAGAACAGCGGUAUGAUGGAAUGCUCUUCUGGUGAUUCAAUCACGAGUCCCGUGCUCUUAUCUCGUGUGCCGUCAGGGGUGGGGCCUGAAGUGAGCUGUGGUGGGCGCGCGUCAUUGGCUGUGCACCGUCACGUGCCGCCUCCUUCCGAGACCGCUAUUGGAUGGCACCUGUGGGUCUCUGUGAAGGAUAGCUUUUCUGACAGGACCCAGGAGCCCAGAGGAGUUGCUGGAAACUGGGAAAAGGACAAUGUCGGUGGGACCAGGAGAGCGGUGGGGGUGCGCUCAAGAGAUGGCAUCCCCGUGGCUGUGGGUGUGGAGACACCCACAUCAUGCUGCAGUGUGGCAGAAAUCAUGUCCGUGCUUUUCUUCCACACCAUGAAGUAUCGCUCCGAUGACCCCAGGAACUUCAACAACGACCGUUUCAUCCUGUCCAAGGGUCACGCUGCUCCGGCCCUUUACUCCAUGUGGGUUGAAACAGGUUUCCUGAAGGAGGCCGAGCUGCUCAGCUUGUGCCAGGUUGACUCUACCCUGGAGGCCCACCCAACCCCAAAGCAGCAGUUUGUGGAUGUAGCCACUGGAUCCUUGGGGCAGGGUCUAGGUGUGGCCUGUGGAAUGGCUUACACCGGGAAAUAUUUUGACAAGUCCAGUUACCGUGUGUUCUGCCUGCUGGGGGAUGGUGAGAUGUCUGAGGGAUCUGUCUGGGAGGCCAUGUCCUUCGCUUCUCACUACAAGCUCGACAACCUGGUGGCCAUCUUGGACAUCAACCGGCUGGGUCAAAGUGACCCUGCUCCCCUGCAGCAUCACGUGGAUAAAUAUCAGAAACGCUGUGAAGCUUUCGGUUGGCAUUCUAUAAUCGUGGAUGGACACAGCGUGGAGGAGCUGUGCAAGGCUCUGAGCCAGCCGCGCCAUCAACCCACUGCUAUCAUCGCUAAAACCAUCAAGGGCAAAGGCAUUCCAGCUGCAGAAGACAAGUUAGGCUGGCACGCCAAACCUCUGCCCAAAGACAUGGCCGACAUGGUUAUGAAGGAUCUGCAGAGUCGCAUCAUGAACAGCAGCAAGCACUUGUACCCAUCUUCUCCCAUGGAGGACUCCCCACCGGUCAGCCUGAGAAACAUGAGGAUGCCGAGCGCACCGACCUACAAGGCUGGAGAGAAGAUUUCAACACGGAAAGCGUAUGGGAUGGCUUUGACCAAGCUGGGCCGCUACAAUGAGCGUUUCGUGGUCCUGGAUGGAGACACCAACAACCUCACCUACUCGGAGAUCUUCAAGAAUGAGUAUCCCAACCGCUUCGUCGAGUGCUACAUCGCACAGCAGAACAUGGUCAGUGUUGCCAUGGGAUGCGCUGCCCGUGAGAGGAAUGUGGUGUUCGCCAGUACUCUUGCCUCCUUUUUUACCCGUGCCUAUGACCAGCUUCGCAUGGCAGCCAUCUCAGAAAGCAACAUCAACCUGUGUGGCUCCCACUGUGGCCUCUCCACUGGAGAGGAGGGUCCUUCUCUGAUGGGUCUGGAGGACAUGGCUAUGUUCAGGGCCCUUCCCACAGCGACCAUUUUCUACCCCUGUGACGGUGUCUCUACGGAGAAGGCUGUGGAAUUGGCUGCAACCACAAAGGGUGUUUGCUACAUCCGAACCAGCCGCCAAGACAGUGCCAUCAUCUAUAACAGCAACGAGGACUUCCAUGUCGGACAGGCAAAGGUGGUGCACCAGAACAAGGAUGACCAGGUGACUGUGGUGGCAGCUGGAGUGACUUUGCAUGAGGCGCUGGCAGCAGCUGAACAGCUAAAGAAAGAGAGGAUCUCAGUGAGGGUUAUUGAUCCCUUCACAAUCAAACCCCUGGAUGCCAAAACCAUCAUCGAUCACACACGUGCCACCAGGGGACGAGUCCUCACUGUAGAGGACCACUACUAUGAAGGCGGCCUAGGUGAGGCAGUGUGCUCAGCCAUGGUCAAUGAGUCCGGCUUCAGCCUGCAACGUCUGGCUGUGUCCCAUGUUCCCCGCAGUGGCAAACCACAGGAGCUCCUCAAGCUAUAUGGCAUCGACCGUGAUGCAAUCGCCCAGGCCGUCCGCAAGAUGCUCAGCACCUCCACCAACGCCAAGUAA